CCGUAAGUGACGGUAACGAACCUUACCGUUCCAUCCGACGAGCUCGCAUAAUCUUAAUGUCUUCUUCACCGUCGCUGUCAUCCUCGACGCCUACCCUUACUAGCUCAAUUGAUCAGUCGACUAGUCAAACCUCCAGCACGGGAGGUAACCAACCGCCAUCUACAUCAACCACGCUAUAUCUCUUCACGUUCCUCGCCACCCUUUUCGUCCUCCUGCUCAUCUCCGCCUCUAUUAUAUUCCGUUCCUUCCUCGUGCGCCGUCGCUUUCGUCGGCGUGUUGAAGACGCUUUGGCACAAGGAAUAUAUAUUGACCUACAGCCCACAGCACUCGGUCUUACUUCACGGUACAUCGGAGAGAAACCCAGCGUGCAUGAAGCGUGGGUUGAACAGGAUGUCUCACGGGAUAAAUCCCAGUGGCAAGCCAUCAUGGUCUGUUUGAAGCCAUGUAGUCAUUUGGCAGGACUUGGCUGAUACUUUCCCUCAACAGCCUGUGGCGGUUCGUCUAACACACAGGGUCGAACCUACUGCGGAACCACAAUUACCUCAUGAAUCCAUACAGCAACAGCGACCCUCAUUCCUCGCGCGCUUCAAGCGACGUUCCACAUCUCCUGACCCACAUCC